UUUCGCCCUAUACCAUUACCAGCACUUUCGUUUGAUUUUAUUGUUGUUUUGGGACGAAUCGUCUGAAAAUGGCGGAUUUCGUGCAUGUGCGACUUCCGGUUAUUGUUGAAAUGGAACUGUAAACUGUUAUUUACUUUGAUCUACAGGUCACGCAAACAUCGUCAUGGCACACUGGACACCAAACCAAUAUUUUCAGUCUAUGGACGAUGCACUCUCAGAAAAGGAUGGUGUUGUGUGUGCAGAGUUACUGUCCUUUAACCAUCCUCACAUUGCCAACCCGCGCCUACAGAUAGAACAUCCUGAGUCGGCUGUUCAACGAGUGUUUGAUCCUCCAUGUGAUGAGCUUAUUGCAGCUCAUUUACGGUGUUGCUGGGCUGUGUCGAAUCAUGACUUCAUUGAGGCUUAUGGUUGCCAAUCCAUAGUGGUGCAAGCAUUUGUUAAGCUGUUUCAAAGUGUGAAAGAAGAGAACUGGCCACUUUCCAUUAUGUUUUCUGUUUGUCUCGACCUCAGACUAUUCGCUAAUAGCGCAGAUCUUCAGGCAGUGAGGAAAGGGAAAGGAAAACCUGGUGAGAGAUUGGAGAAGUCUGCCGAGCUCCUCAUGUCAUGUUUCAGGGUGUGUGCUAGUGAUAACCGAGCUUCAGUGGAGGACACAAAAAAGUGGGGAAUGCUGAAUCUUGUGAACCAGUUGUUUAAGAUAUAUUUUAAGAUUAACAAGCUUCACUUAUGUAAACCAUUGGUGCGGGCCAUAGACAGUUUACCUAUCAAGGACAGGUUCCCUCUGUCACAGCAGGUCACGUACAGAUACUAUGUUGGAAGGAAGGCUAUGUUUGAUAGUGAUUUUAAGGGUGCGGAUGAAUUCCUUUCCUAUGCUUUUGAGCGCUGCCAUCGAGCCAGUAAGAGAAACAAGAGGAUGACUCUGAUCUAUCUGUUACCUGUCAAGAUGUUGUUGGGUCACAUGCCAAAGCAAUCCCUGCUCCAGAAAUACGACUUAAUGCAGUUCUACGACGUAGCCAAGGCAGUCAGCUCUGGGAACCUGUUACUUCUAAAUGAAGCACUGGAGAGGAAUGAAGCUUUUUUUAUCAAGUGUGGCAUUUUUCUCAUCCUGGAGAAACUCAAAAUCAUCACAUAUAGGAAUCUCUUUAAGAAAAUUUACCUACUCCUAAACACUCAUCAGAUACCAGUAAAGGCCUUUACAGCUGCUCUUAGGAUGAUGGAGGUUACAGAUAUUGAUGAUGACGAAACAUCAUGCAUCAUCGCAAAUCUCAUCUAUGAGAACAAGAUAAAGGGCUACAUUUCUCAUCAACAUCAGAAACUUGUGGUCAGCAAGCAGAAUGCAUUCCCUGUUCUAGCAUCAGUGUUGUCAUAGUUAUGCAGACAAAUAAAUCAUCACUAUAAGCAGCACUGCUUACAAACAGCAACAUAGCUUGACAGGUCAUUGUUGUUAUUAUGGAGACCCAGCCAACAUCUUAAUUCCAUGUUCUCGGAGGAAGCCAUCUUGUUCAAACCUGGAAUAGUUACAAGUUUAAAAGUGCCACAUAAUAUUCUGACUGACAUGCGCUAUAGUAUCAUUGUAUAGCUAAACUACCUUUGCUAAUGUGAUAGUCUGAAGCUAAUUAAGCUGAAUCUUAGAUGGAUGACCAGGCAACUGCAAUAGUGAACACGAACUAUUGACUUUUGUUGUAUCUUCAUGACAAUCAGGGCUGAAGUUGUAGGACACAUUUGAAGCAAUGUGUCGCGUUUGUGUGAAGAUGGUAUACGUACAGAUAUACAGUGUACAUGUAUCAAAAGUUCUAGUACAAUGUAUUAGAAUAUAAAGAGUGGGCGUCAAUGGAUGGUAUCACUUGUAUGGUGGAAGUCGGUUACGAAUGUUUGUAUGUCUUUACAUUGAGGAUGUAUAUGCUAUUUGAUUUACAUGUAGUGUACAAUGUAAAUGUAAUAAAAUUUGAUUAAAAUUAAUAUUAUAA